AUGACCCAUACUCAAACGCGCGAACUCCUGUUAAUCCGUCUGCUUCGUUUAAAUUUCUUUUCUUUCGAACACUGCAAUUUUUUCCCAUCAGUCAUCUCCUCGGCACUUAACUCUUUCAAAAUUCUUAUUUUGUAUUUUUUUUCUCUUUAUCGCACCCUUUUACUAAGUCUACUUCCCUUUCGUGCCUUUACUCUCUCUUCACUUAUUCUCUCUCUCUCUCUCUCUCACACACACACACACACACACUCUCUCUCUCUCUCCCUCUGUUUCUUUCUCUUUCCCUCACACCCAUUCAUAGAAAUAUACUCUUUCUUUUCUCCUCUCUACUUUCUCUCUUUCCUUUCUUUCUUUCUCUCUCUCUCUCUCCCUCUUUCUCUCUGCCUCUCUCUCGUCCUUUCUCUCUCUCUCACUCACUUCUUCUUCUUCGUCUAUCUCUCUCUCCUUCUCUCUCUCUAUCUAUCUAUCUAUCUAUCUAUCUAUCUAUCUAUCUAUCUAUCUAUCUAUCUAUCUAUCUAUCUCUGUCACUCUAACUCUUUCCUGCUCUCAAUUCAAGGACAUUAUUGUCCUUGCUGGGGGUGCAAGGAUUUAAAAAAAUUUCUCUUUCUCAUUCUUUGUUUUUCUCUCUUUUUCUUCUCUCUUUAUCGUUUUAUUUCUAUUUCUUACAUUCUUUUUUUUCUUCUCUCUUUCUCCUUUCUUCUCUAUACAACUCAACUUUUAUUUUUCCUUUUUGAUCCCGCUUGUCUAAAAUUUUUUCUUUUUUCUUUCUUUCUUUCUUUCUUUUUUCUUUCUUUCUUUCUAUCUUUCUUUCUUUCUUUUUUCUUUCUUCCUUUCUGUCUUUCUUUCUUUCUUUUUUCUUUCUUCCUUUCUGUCUUUCUUUCUUUCUUUUUUCUUUCUUUCUUUCUAUUUUCUUUCUUUCUUUUUUCUUUCUUCCUUUCUGUUUUUCUUUCUGUCUUUUUUCUUUCUUUCUUUCUAUCUUUCUUUCUUUCUUUUUUCUUUCUUCCUUUCUGUCUUUCUUUCUUUCUUUUUUCUUUCUUUCUUUCUAUCUUUCUUUCUUUCUUUUUUCUUUCUUCCUUUCUGUCUUUCUUUCUUUCUUUUUUCUUUUUUCCUUUCUGUCUUUCUUUCUUUCUUUUUUCUUUCUUUCUUUCUAUCUUUCUUUCUUUCUUUUUUCUUUCUUCCUUUCUGUCUUUCUUUCUUUCUUUUUUCUUUCUUCCUUUCUGUCUUUCGUUCGUUCGUUCGUUCGUUCGUUAUUUCUUUCUUUCUUUUUUUCUCAUUCCAUUUUUCUUUCUUUCUUUUUCUAAUUGUUUUCUAAAACUCUUUCUUUCUUUCUUUCUUUCUUUCUUUCUUUCUUUCUUUCUACAUUUUCUAGAUAUUAAAUUCAUUGCCUUUCCUCUGGCCGACAUUCUCUCUCUCUCUCUCUCUCUCUCUCUCUCUCUCUCUCUCUCUCUCUCUCUCUCUCUCUCUCUCGCUCACUCUAUAUAUAUCAUACGCACUCUCUCUCUCUCUAUCUCUCUUAACUACUUUCACUUUUUAUUUCUCUUUUGA